AUGGAUGCACAACAAGCUGAAAAAAGUGUUGGUCACCAACGCGGAGGAUCCGGAGCGCGACACUCUGAUACCGAUUCUCAAGAAGAUACUCAACAAACAACAUUUGAUAUCGGUGGGUCGACUCGAUUACUACUCGGAGGGACUGAUUCUGCUGACGAACGACGGUGA